AUGUCCACCCCUUCCAAGUCCAACAACGAUGCGUCGUCCCCGCAGCCGACCGGUGAUCCAACGCCCACCUAUGCGUCUUUCUCGCCCGCCAACCUAGGCCAGACGACACCACAAACAAAACUGCGAUCGGCCAUACUUGUACACCAGAAAUCCCCGCUACUCGCUGCCACUCCACCGCAGAUUACUCGCGUGCUCGCAUAUUCGCACCCCUUCAUACUACCUCUGAACAAGUUUGCUGGGCUGGUAACAUGGACAACCGGAGAUUCAUGGGAGAGCUUUCUCCUAGUCGCAAGCUUUUGGGCGGUCGUCAUGUACGGUGAUGCCGUGACGAGAUAUGCAGGGCCUAUCAUAGUAGUAUCUGGCCUGAUACUGGGCAUGUACACCCGAAGAUACUCCCCACUGUCAUCGACGGGGUGGACAGGGGAGAAGGGACAGAAGGCGCACAAGCGGGUCGAGUCAGACACCAACAUCAAGCACCACAAGAGCCUGGAAGAGAUUGUGGAUAGUCUAAAGCUCUUCACUUCACGCUGCAACAUCCUACUGGAUCCCUUUUUGCGCCUUACAGACUUCCUCUCUACACAGAGGACUGCGACCUCGGCUACUACACGGCCAGCACUCACCGUACUAUUCAUUCGAAUUCUUUUCGUAUUGCCGCUGUGGAUAGCACUCACUUUACCGCCAUUCUAUAUCCUGACUACGAAGCGAGUCGUACUGGCGGUAGGCACAGUAAUACUAAGUUGGCAUUCACGACCUGCUCGUGUAACCCGCACCCUACUGUGGAGAUCGAGGACAGUACGACGUACCUGCGCCUUCAUCACUGGGUUGGACUUUGGCGAGAUUGUAUCGGUAGACAGGAAGGGUGCGCCUCCUCUGCCACCUCGAAAGAAGAGCACGCAGGAGGUCGCGGCUUCACUGGCGGCUAAGCGUCGGCCCGAGUCUACAGGGGUACGCUUCACGUUUUCCAUCUAUGAGAACCAGCGAAGGUGGCUAGGCAUUGGAUGGACAUCCUCUAUGCUUGCUUACGAGCGAGCGUCCUGGACGGAUGAGCACUUGAACCCUGUUCCACCAAAAGACCAGUUCGAAUUGCCUGAAGUUGAAGGGGGUCAGUCAAGAUGGCGGUGGGUGCAAGGCAGUGAGUGGAAGGUCGAAGGUGGAGAGAAAGAUAGUAAGACUGAGAAAGGGGCCUCCAAGGAGGAGUCGGCGUGGAUAUAUUACGACAACAAGUGGAGAGACGGACGAAGAGGCCAAGAUGGCUGGGGACGUUACACGCGGCGCCGGAAAUGGUAUCGCGAUGCUGAGCUCGUGGAAUCCACCUCAUCCACGGAUACCACUCCCAUGCCCACUCCUAAACCCGGGCCAAUCGACACUUCCGGAGACCUUGACCCUAACCAUCUCACAAAGCUUUCCUCCAGUCUCAGUGUAGCAUCUAGCACCGAUCCUACGCUAGUAGAAGGUGACGGAGGCGAGUAUGCCGCGUCGAUAGCGUCUGAUACAGAUGCAGCGAGCACGAAGAGCAAAAGGAGCUGGUUCAAAAAGAGGCGAAGCAAGAGCACAAGCGGUAGUGUCAGCGGUGUUACAGUCGUCAGCGACACGGGUACAACCGGUACACGUAGAAGUGAUGAGGAUGAUGUGCAAAGUCCUCUUGACCGCAUGGCCAGGGAUGAGGAGUGGAGACUUGGGGAUGACAUUCGUCAACAUCUUGAUAUUUGA